UUGAACACCGGACUUCGCCGGAGCACUCGCUGCAAGCUUUGCUAAGGAGCGUGGAGCUGCGAGGAAUGUGCAUUUAAAACCGAACUGCAUUCUGAAGAAGAAACAUUGUCAUGGUUUUGGAGUGACCGCUUGCCUUCCAGGGAGCGUCCACUGAAAACUAAAAACCAGAUCAGUUGAUCCACUCGCCUAGAAACACCUCGCCCAGACAGAUCUGAACUGCCUAAUGGAUGCAAUAGACACCUUGCAGAGCUCGACCCCAGAGACGAAGGCUGAGCGCAUCGCUCGCUACAAGGCAGAAAGGAGGAGGGAGUUGGCAGAGCGCUAUGGCAACACAGAGGAAUUCACUCCUAAAUAUGUCCGAAGGGACCGGAAAAUUGGUGAGACAUCCGAAACAGAGUCCUCUGGAACCAAGGAGAGAGAGAAACACGAGGAUAAUGGGUCAGAGCCAGCAUACUCCAGGAGGGGGAUGAGAACUAAAGUGGCAGACUCCGGUGAUGAGGCCACCCACGAGUCAGACGCAAACUCUGACCUUAAAACGGAGACGGAGUCAGAGGUUGUGUCCUCAGUUGAGGCGUCUUCUAACUUCAGGCUGCUGGAAACUGAUGACCCAGAGGAGCCUAAGGCUGAGAAGGCUUCAGAUUCUGCAGCCAAGAUGUUGAAUUUUAAGGAAGUGGAGGGAGAAGUGGAUGGUAGCAGCACCCAGCGCUGUGAUGACAGCGCAAAGCAUCAACUGAUCAGCAGUGACAGGGAGGGAACUUCCACCAGCCUCUCCAAUGCUGAUAAAGAAAAAGCAAUGGAAGAGUCAACUCAGGAAUCUUCCUGGAAGGAGCAGCAGGAAAAUACUGCCACUACCGAGGAGAAGCAGCCUUUCAGUUUCCUGUCAGACCGAGCUUCUCCUCCCAGCAAGAACAGAGAUGCGUCGCCCCCUCCCAGUCCACUCAGCCACUCUGCACCUUCGCUCCAGCGCCAAGACUCUGGGCCUCAGGGCAUCAGGGGAAUCCUAAAGAAGAGCCGCUCCACCAGCGUGGAGUCGGACCACAGCGAGGGCAUGUCGACCGGGAUGCCUUCCCGGCAAACCAGCGUCACCUUGAGCCACCCUGAGAGCGAUGAAGAAGAGGAAGACGAGGACGACGAAGUGGAAGAAGAGGAGGAUGUUGAGGAAGAGGUCAGCAGGGAGAGCGAUAAAGAGGACGACUCACCAGCUGAUGACAUCCCGGACGGGGGCAGCUUCAGCGUGCACCGAAAGGAGAAGAACAGCGGCGGCAGCACCAGCAGCAGAGAGAGCUUUGAGGAGAUGCGGAGUCCGUCGCCCGAUGAGAGCCUGGAGACCACGUCGACCGUCUCCGAGGACGUCGACGAGCUGGAGAGCAGCUUGGAUCAGAGUCAAGGCUCCGCGCUGAAACACAGACUGGCUGUGUCGUCUGGCGAGGACGCUGAAAAUAAGGACAGACCGAGGAAGUCCAAACCGCCGCAGGUGAUCCAAACGUCACUGGCAGAUCGCUUCACCCAGCUUCACGAUGCUGAGACUGCCUGGAAGAAAAAGAAGUCCAAUGUUGAUCUGGAGCCCAAGAUGUCGCUGGCAGAGAGGAUGAAGAUCCUCAAAGACAAAGAGGAGCAGUGGAAGAGCAAAGGCAAAGGAGCAGCCAAUGACUCGGUUCAGUUCACGGUGGCUGGACGAAUGGCCAAGAAAGGUCUCGUGUCCAAGGACGAGCCGCCUAUCAUCACUCUGAAGAAGUCCAACGCCACGCCUGUGAAACCACAUGAAGAAAUCUCCACUAGGACUGACGUCAAAGUGGAGGGAGAUAAACGUCUCGACAAGUUGGAGUCCUUCCUUGACAAACUCCACAAUAAAGGUGUGGGCAAAGCCAAGUCGUCCACCAUCGAGGUGACGGCAGAGAUGGAGAAAGAGGUGAUGACUCUGGACGACGAUGAGACGUUUGGCAACUUCUACAAACCUGUCUCCCCGUCCACUCUCCUGGAGUCCAGCGUGAUUUUGACUGAGGAAGACCUGAGUGACAUCCAGGCUGAUACACCAAAGCUGACCUCAGCGGUAGCAGAGCACAAGCGAGCGGUGCGACCAGCCAGAAGGAAUCAGGGCUCCAGGAAUCCCCUGCGGGCUCUCGCUGCCCGUAACGACAUCCGGCAGGUUUACACCGAGCAGAGGCUUAACGUGGCGUCAGUGGAGACCAAGAGGAUUCAAGUUGAGAGGAUGGCGAAACAUUCCAACUUGGCGGACGUGGCGUUGGCCGGGCUCGCCAGCAAGGAGAACUUUCGCAAGGUCAACCUGCGCAGCGUGAAGUCCACAGAGGUCGUGACCAACAACAGCGCCGUGCCUUUUCACAAGCUCAUGCUUAUUCGCAUCAAAGGUCGGAGGCACAUCCAGGUGCGCCUGGUCGAACCGACGGCGCGCUCGCUGAACAGCGGGGACUGCUUCCUCCUCAUAACCCCGAAGCACUGCUUUAUGUGGAGCGGAGAAUUCGCCAACGUCAUUGAGAAAGCCAAGGCAUCAGAGAUGGCGUCUUUUGUUCAAGCCAAGCGGGACCUUGGCUGCAAGGCUCCCCAGGUGUCCGUGCUGGAGGAAGGCAUCAACACUGAAAGCAGAUGGGCCAAAGAGUUCUGGAGCCUGAUAGGUGGAAAGACUAAAUACAGAGGGGCAGGGGACCCAGAGGAGGACGAGCUCUAUGAGAGUGGGGUGGUGGACUCUAACGGGGUUUACAGACUCCAGGGAGACAAACUGGUGCCUCAUGAAGAUGCCUGGGCCUCCAUCCCCAGUGUGUCUCUGCUCGAUUCUAAAGAGGUUUUAGUCUUUGACUUUGGCAGUGAAGUGUACGUAUGGCACGGAAAAGAUGUGCCCUUGGGUGACAGAAAAGUAGCUGUCAAACUGGGCAAACAGCUCUACAGCGGCAGCUACGACUACAGCAGCUGCAGAGUCAACCCUCUGGAUUCCUCCUGCAAUAAUACGGACGUACCUCAGAAGGGGGAGGGGCGUCCCAGCUGGACUCUGUUCGGCCGGCUGUCAGAGCACAACGAGACGUCGCUGUUCAGGGAGAAGUUCCUGGACUGGGCCGAGCGGAAGAAAGAGGAAGCGGCUCAGGCAGAGGAAGUCAAGAGCCCGGAUCAUUCCACCCUGCGCUCCCCGCUUGACUUGGAGCUGCAGCCGUGCGACGCCAAAGCGCUGCUGGACAACGAGGCCGACCCGGUGCGGACCGUCCUGGAGGGCGUGGACGUGCAGCGAGGCUACGGCCUGGUGAAGACCGAGGACGGCAGGCAGGCGGAGCUGGCCACCGUGGCGGUGGAGGCGUGGCACAUCAAGGAGCACGGCGAGGAGGAGCUUCCCGAGGAGAGCGUGGGCCAGCUCCACGAGGGCGACGCCUACAUCAUCCGCUGGAAAUACUCCAUCACCACGCUCGUCGGGAAGCGGCAGAAACCCGGAGAACUGAGCACAGCGGCUCCCGGCAGAGAGAGGACGGCGUGUUUUUUCUGGCAAGGCCGGCACUCCAGCGCCAGCGAGAAAGGAACGUCGGCCCUGAUGACCGUGGAGCUGGGCAGCCACCGGGGGUCACAGGUGUUGGUGACUCAGGGUAAGGAGCCGCCAUGUUUCCUGCAGCUCUUCCAGGGAGGACUGGUCAUCCAUAAGGGCAGCAGAGACGAUGCUGCCAGCAGCUCAGGUGGCUGGAGGCUGUUCUGCGUGCGCGGCGAGGCCCAGGCCGAGGCCUCCCUGGUGGAGGUGGCGUGUGAGCGUGCCAGCCUGCGUUCCCGUGCCAGCCUGGUGCUGCUUAACGCUCAGAAAGCUCUCCUCUACCUGUGGCACGGAUGCAAAGCCCAUGCAGACGCCAAGCAGGUGGCCAAAAGAGCAGCAGACAAACUGAAGCAGAGGUGUCCCUCAGAGCUGGGACUGAACAGCAGCAGUAAGCUGAGGGUGGAGGAGGUGGAGGAAGGCUCUGAGCCGGCAGAGGUUUUGAAGGCUUUAGGCCCGCAGGACAAGAAGGCUUACGACUGUAUGCUGGAAGAUCCUGGAAAGUACAACUACACCCCCCGCCUGUUCCGGCUGAGCGCCAGCUCUGGGAUGUUCGGAUGGGAGGAGCAGCUGUACUCAGCCAGGGUGACGGAGGGCGUCAUGGCGAUGCCCUUCCUGCAGGAGAGCCUCUACUCCGCACAGCAGCCAGCCUUGUUUCUCCUGGACAACCGCAUGGAGGUGUAUCUGUGGCAGGGCUGGCAGCCGGACGACACCCAGAGCACCGGAUCUGCAAAGAUGCGCUGGGACAGCGAGAGGAAGUGCGCCAUGGAAACCGUGCUGCAGUACUGCAAAGAAAAGAACCCCCGGCGCCCCCCUCAGGCCUACCUGGUCCUCGCAGGCUUGGAGCCUCUCACCUUCACAAACAUCUUCCCAUACUGGGAGAAAAACACCAGCAUCACUUCUAAGACUGGAAGCUCCAAGAGCAAAGUGAUCCUGGUGAAAGAAGCUCUGUCCAAACUGAGCAAGCAGCAGUACUCCAUCGAGGAGCUGACCAGGAAGCCUCUGCCGGAGGGAGUGGACCCGCUACGGCUGGAGGACUACCUGUCAGACCAGGACUUCAAGACGCUUUUCGAGAUGAGUCGCGUCGAGUUCAACGCCCUGCCAAACUGGAAGCAGCAGAACCUGAAGAAGAGCAAGGGUUUAUUUUAAAACUGUACACACACUCUCUGUUGUUUUUUACUCUUCUUUGCAGCUUUUAUUACAUUUUUAUUCCUUGUUUUUUGUUUUAAAAAAAAUUGUCAUAUGUAAAAACUAAAAAAUUUAAAUGUACUAUUAUGUGGUUUUAAUAACUGGGCCAUUUUCUUUUGUCCCAUUUUACAUUUUAACCAACGAUUAUGUGCAAUUAAUCUUUUCCCUUCACACUAUUAUAAAUAUGUAAGAUACUGUUAAUGUUUGUUGAGGUUUACUCAGAUGUGUUAAUUAUUGUUUAUGGUUUAAAACCUUUUUUUUUUCCAUUUGAACUGAAGGAGCAGGCUCUGUCAACAGGGGACAAGACUGCUCAAAACAAACCAGAUUGGUUCAAACCAAUCUUUUUGCUUAGAUAACUAACUUUUUAACAAUCUAUUUUUUACUGUUGGACCAACUAAAACACUUGUAUUGUUUGGUACUGAAUAUUAACUCUUUAUUUGGGCUCUUUUUGACCUCCUUCUGGUUGUUUGGGACCAAAACUAAGCCGUCUGUCUUCAUAUACCAUUUGUUCAUUUUUUUUUUUUUUUUGAGCGCUUGUCUAAGUUUGGGUAAAAUCUGAACUUUAGAAGCGUUGCAUGUGUUACAUUGUGACUAUGAGAGAAUGUGAGUAAGAAACUGCUGCAUAAACUUGCCUGUAUUAGAAAACUCAGUAUCUGUUUUUUUGUGUUGAAACGCCACAUAAAAAACUGCCGGUGAGGUUUUAGUUUUGUUUUUUGUAAUGCUCUUUUCAUUUGUUUCAAUCUGUUUGUGAUAAAUUUGAUCUGUAUUAUUGGUCAGGUUUGGGAAUGAGAUGAUCAGUAUUUCUUUUAAAAUAAAAAAUAUAUAUGUAUAA